UACGAACAGACCUACUAUUAUAUUAUGCACGGAGUGCCGCUAUUGGUUGUACGUACAUUGUAGCUUAGCUCAGUGUAUGGUGUUCCUCGCUCUAACCGUGUUUGGUGAUAUCGGCGAUCUCGUUGAGUCGUCAAGACAAAAGUAAUAUUUUCAAGAAUAAUAAUUCAUAUCCCACCAAGAUGUCGCAAAUCUCCAUGAAGCCGGGGCCGCAGCUGCAAAAGGUCGACCUAGCGAGCUUGAAUCUCCAGCAACUGACGAUGCUGAAACAGCAAUUGGAUCAGGAGCUUGGGUUGUUUCAGGACUCUUUGCACACUCUAAAGAUUGCACAGAGCAGAUUUCAAGAGUCGGGCGCUUGUCUCGAGAAAAUCACACCUGACGUUGAAGGCAACGAAAUAUUAGUACCUUUGACAAGUUCGAUGUUCGUGACCGGAAAACUGGCGGAUGCGAAUAAUGUAUUGGUGGACAUCGGUACCGGUUACUAUGCAGAGAAGGGUAUCGAGGACGCGAAGGACUAUUUCAAGAGGAGGGUGGAGUACGUCACAGAGCAAAUGGAAAAGAUUCAGCAGCUCGGACUCGAGAAGAGCAAGAUGAGGGAAACGACGGUGGACGUGAUAGAGAUGAAAAUUCAUUGUCAAAUGCAGAAGGAGACUGCAGAGCGUGCGUGAAGUGUUAGAUUCCGAAUGGAUAAUUUUAUUUUGAAUACCUUCCGCAACGAAUACAUAUGUUUCGUGUGCUGCUGCUGCGCGUUCGCGCGUCACCCGCAAGAUUCCCCUUAAACUCAAUUCUGAGAAAUAUAUAUAUGGACACAAUUGGUUCAUUGUAAUAGCAAUAAGAUGGUUUGAUUUAGUGUAAUCAAAGCGUACACAUUUUGUGAUAUCACCCUGUCGUAUCUCAUUUAUUCGAUUUCGUCUAUUUAAUAAAUCAAUACAGUGGCUUC